AUGAUCAAUGCAUCUUCUAGCAGUGUGCGUCUUGCUCCUGUACUCUAUGAUUCUUCAUUGUGUAUUCAGGAACCUCCAGUACCCAAUGGCCAUUCUCUCCCGGGUAGAGAUUUUCUCCGGAAACAGAUGCGUGGAGACCUGUUCACCCAGCAGCAGUUAGAAGUGUUGGAUCGAGUCUUCGAGAGGCAGCAUUAUUCUGACAUUUUCACGACGACAGAGCCCAUCAAACCAGAGCAGGCAACUGAAUACUCAGCCAUGGCAUCAUUAGCUGGAGGACUGGAUGACAUGAAGGCCAACAUAAGCAGCCCUACUUCUGCAGAUUUAGGAGCAAGUGUUCCUGGACCACAGUCGUACCCUAUCGUAACAGGUCGCGAGCUGGCAAGCACAACCCUCCCAGGAUACCCUCCGCACGUCCCCCCUGCUGGACAGGGCAGCUAUUCUGCCCCUGCGCUGACAGGAAUGGUGCCUGGGAGUGAGUUUUCUGGGAGCCCAUACAGCCACCCACAGUACUCAACUUACAACGACUCCUGGAGGUUUCCCAAUCCCGGACUUCUGGGCUCUCCUUACUACUACAGUGCUGCAGCCCGUGGAGCAGCCCCACCAGCAGCUGCUGCCGCCUAUGACCGCCACUGACCUCGGACCCAAAGCUUGAGCACUUACCACAAAAUACUGCCUGGGACAACUGCAUUGAGUCACCUUGCUACAACCGUGCAAGUCAAGGAGGAAGAAAGUAAAUAGUAGGAACAAGCUCAUUGAAAUUUUACUCUUAAGACUCUGAAAACUUAACGUUGUCAUUUUCUUAAUUCUGGUGAUGUUGUCUGGGUCUGAAGUGAAACAAAGAAAUAGGAGGACAUGGUUCUCCUGGCACAUCAUGCGGUCAUAGAAAUGCAGUAGUUUCAUGUUGUUUGCAGCUGUCUGGCUACUGCUUUAAUCGCUGUGGGUACCACGGCUGUAACUGGGGAUAAGGAAGAGAUGUGGGCCUCCCUGUGCGGGAUAGCUUCCUCUUACUGCACACUGAGACAGGCUGUGAGACUCAACACAAGCUUUUUAAAUUAUUAUUAUUGCUUUUUUUUUUUUUGUGGCAAAGAAAGAUCAGUCUGCUCAAUUUUACACAAGCAGCACUGUAAAUACUUGCUUGUUUGUACUGCUAUGAGACUGACUUUGCGUAUGCAGCAACACUGUACAAGUCUAGGCUCAAAAUGCAUCUGAAAAUGUGUUUUGAAACUGGUGCACUGAUUCAAAGAAUUCAAUAAGCUUUAAGCAACUUUGAACCAGGUUAACACUCAUUGUGGCUAUCUUUCAGGCUGAUGUUACUGCUGCACAGCAUCCUAACCAGCAGCUGUGUGUGAUCAUGCUAUAUGCUGGUACCAAACUCAUGGGCAUCAGAAAGAAAUGGGCAAUUUUGACACGGUUUGUUGUCUAGUAUUCAUAUGUGUUCAUUUGUCAUCAUAAUGAGCACUGAAACAAAUUCUCUGGUUCCAAGUUAAACUGCAUUCAGGAAAGAAUAAUAGUAGACACCUUACCUACAUCUCAGCGGGUCGUCUGCUAAAACCCAGUUAUGGGCACCCUGAAACAAAGGGGGAACAGCCAUACUGAUUUCUGUGAAGUGGACUAUUGACCAGAGUGUACUGAACACAUGGGCAGACACACCUGCUUUCUGAGGCGUGCUGGUCACGGGGGUCUGUCCAUUUAAAUGAAGGUAUCUCAAGUCAUUCUAGUAACACUGAGAGCAGUUUUGAAUUCAAGACUGGAGUCACAGAGAACUUUGCCCCAUUAAUCCUGCAUGUCUUGCCCUCCUACUCAAGAAAGGAGUGCUAAGGUGAGAUUUCAUUCAGUGCUCACUGCUUCCCCGAGCUAUUGAAGAGAGCAGCUUACCAAUGAUCUGGUAAGCAAUACACCAGCCACUGCUUUUUACAGGAAACAGGGAAAACUAUCCCCCAGUGCAGCUACCUUUUGCCAUGUGUUAUGGUGUGCAUGUGCCUAGCCACUCCUGGAAGCAAGGGAAGAGCUGACCUUGCUGAGACCAGACUUACCUGCAGCCUCUGACUGCGCACAGCAUCGGCACUGCAAAGAGACCUGUCUGUUUGCCUGUGUCCUUCCCAAGGCUGAGAAGGGAUUGCUGGUGGUGUCCCACGAAUGAACAAUCAAGUAUUAAGUAUUUGCUUCCAGUUUUGCAAGCAUUUCUUUGAAAUUGCAACCUCUGAGCUAACAUUCCUCCCUGUUCUCCUUGCUGCCAGCACCUCGUGUGCCUGCCAUCAGUGAGCACUGACAGCCUCCGUGUGUUCCCCAGUAGCAUGUUUUGUACCUUUUCAUGCUACAAACACACAACUGUUAGGUUCAGGUUCCAUGCUAGAUUUUCUCUGGUUCUCAAAAGCCAUGAUGAUACCUAGGUUCCACUGGCUUAAAUGGGUUCCCUAAUCCAGAAUUUAAUUCUGUGAGCACGCGACAAACUUACCUGCAAGAAAAAUUGUCCUUUUCAUUUUUCAGCAUUUGAUACCUGAAACACAAACACGCACACACGUUUUUAAUUGAAAAGCACAAAACCAUCAUUUACCUGGGGAAUUUUCUGAAGCUUUGCUUUGGUGUCAUACAUACUGCAUGGCUGUUUGCACCCCAGUGGCUGGCUGGGGUUUCUUCACCCGAGCUCAGCUGAGGUGUGCACACCACAUGCAGAGGCAUAUCCCCAAAACAGCUGCCUUUUCUGUAAGCUUGGACAGUUAGAAGGUCAUCUGACACUAGGUGAGGAGGCAAGAAACAAACAUCUGACGGUACAACAUGAGGGUGUGGGUCAUGCCCCAAAAGCAAGGGUGGGGGUGAGCUACACGAGCUGCAGGGAUGCUACUUGACCACUGAUGAAGCUGGUCUCAAAGCCUGUGCUUGUGCCUUUCCAGUGCAGGAAGAGCAGCUCCUGUUGAUUAUAUGUAUGUGCUUGCACCAGUUCUGAGUACUACCCAGCAAGCAUUUUUUAAAAGCUUAGUUUUUCAUUCCCUGGUGGUAAAUGACUUAUAUGGCUUUAGUCUGGUUAACACUGAGAAGGCUAAACAUAAGACAUGAAAUUUCAACAGAUGCUAUUAUGCUCAGGACAGAGACUCUUGUAGUUAGUCUAUGGACUUACGAAAAACAUGGUUUGUAUGUAAGUCGCUCCAAAAGUAAUGCCUCUUAUUAAUUCUCAUGGAAAUUACAACAGCUAUAAAGAGCACAAUAACACCUUUUGAUAGAGCAAAUUCUCAGCUACAAAACACUAUCUUUCGACUCAGUCACCACUGUUAACCAUUUUGAGUGGAUGAGCUUAUUUGGAGACUCUUCCUUUUGUGGUGUGACAUCUGUGCACAGCUAUUCAGAACAUGGCUUGUCUUUCAAGUCAGUGCCACUACUGCUGAA